AUGUCCCAAAGCAAGAGCAUAUCGCUCCAUCCCGCUCUCCCCACCGACGCCACCACCCUCGACGAAAUCCACAGCAAAGCCUUCCCCAAUGACAUUCUCCUUGAGGUCAUGUACGGCCCUCGCGAAGAAAACGCCGUAGGCUUGGCUCAGGACUUGGAGAAAGUCAUCUGCGAAAACCCCCACGCUCGAUUUCAGAAGGCCGUUGAUGAUGAGUCGGGCCGGAUUGUGGGAUGGUCGUGGUGGGUUAUCUACCGCGAUGCAGAGGCCCAUAUAAAAGCAGAACAGGAGGCAGUCUUGGUGGUUCAUCCGGAGUAUCAGGGUCGCGGAAUCGGAACCAAGUUACUAAUGGCUGGGGUGGAAGAGGCGAAACGGCUCCGGCUACCCGCAUGGUUGGAGGCUUCGCAGGCUGGGUAUACGCUCUACAAGAGAUGUGGGUUCCGUGAUGUCGGCGAGAAUCUAGACCUUAACUUGGCCAAGUAUGGUGCGACGGGGCAGAAGCACGGGUAUUGUAUGCUGAUGGAUGCUGUUGAUAUCAAGUAA